AAACAAUUUAAGAAUGGCUUAUAUCAGGUGUUGUUAGUGUUAAUAUUACGAUCUGCAACAUAAUAACUUAAAGCUGUGGGGCUUGUGAUACCAGUGUAAAUAUCAGCCAUGGCGUUGUUGUUUAGAUCGGUGAAACAAGUUUGGCAAUUUUCGGAAGAACUUUCGGAUCCUGCUAAUGUUUCAUUCAUCACUUCUCCAAUAUUUCUUGUAUCGUUCCUUACUACAUAUGUAUUAUUGGUGACAAAACUUGUUCCCAGUUUUAUGGAACAUCGGAGGCCAUACAAUAUUCGACGUAUUAUAAUUGUAUAUAAUAUAAUUCAAAUAUUAGUGAAUGUAUACUUAGUUAUUAAGUCUCUAAUAGUUUAUGCACAUUCACCAUAUUUAAUAUGCGUUGAAAGUACAAUGGAGCAUUUAAUUACGUCAGGAAGAUGGGAGGUAUUCUUUCUUAAAGCAUUUGACUGCGUUGAAACUGUUUUCUUUGUACUGAAGAAAAAUUACCGACAAGUGAGCUUUCUGCAUGUAUACCAUCAUAGUGGUAUGGUAUUACUUACAUGGAUUUCACUAAAAUUUAACCUGGGGCCACUAGUCCUUUUUGUACCAGCGCUAAAUUGCUUCGUUCAUGCUGUAAUGUUUACUUAUUAUUUACUAUCCAGCAUAGACCCCGAAUGGAAGAAGAGAACAGACUUAAAAAAGCGAUUAACGCAGUUACAACUGAUUCAAUUCUUUUUGUUUGUAUGCCAUGCUUUAUCAACCUGGUACUGCCUGGCUGCAAGAAUCCUACUUCGUUCGGAACCAUGAUAUGGGUAACUCAAAAUAUCUUUAUGACUCUUUUAUUUGGCGACUUUUAUAUUAAGACCUACUGGAGAAAAACAAGCGCAUAAAAAUAUCCUAUUAACAAAUGAGACAUGUUCUAAGAGUCCAUUUAAGUUGAUUCUCAAGUAUUUUUAUAUUUUUUAUAUACAAUAUAUUGUAUAUGUAAUUGUAUUGACAUACAAUUGUAAUACAAUAUUGUCUGGUGUAGACAGUGUAACUUUCAUGUAAAUAAAUUUUAAAU